AUGUUAUUGCACAAUUGCAGAAGAUCCGCUUCAUCUGAAUUCCAUCACCUAUUCAAGCUCCUAGUUCCAGAAAAGACCCUGCUAAUGAAAUUUGCAUUUUCUUUAACAGUUUCUUCUGGAGUAAGUCUCUGCUUUCCUCUAGCCUUGGUAAACACUAUUUAGCAAGAUAUAUAUAACCUAUGUGCCGUUCCUACCACAUCUCAGCAUGAAAUUGUCAGAGUUGUAGGAAAAUGAACCGCUGUCUUUGGAGCUGGUGCAUUAUCCACCUAUAUGAGAAGAUUGGCCAUUGAGGAUCUGGUAUGGUCUAUAUAGUCAAAUACUGUUGCAAUGAAAAUGAGAAUUGAAUUUUUCGAAGACCUUUUAAGAAAGAAAUACCAGGUUUUCGGAGAAAACACAACAGGGGACUUGUCACAUCAGCUGAAUAGUGAUAUAUGGACAAUUGCGUACACAAUAACGAAUGAAUUUUCUUCUGCGAUGCGUGGCGUAGCUUUUUUCACUGGCGGGGCAGGAUUUUUGUUAUAUACGUGCCCUCCGCUUACGAUGAUUUCUUUGUUUCCGAUGAUGGCGCUUGCAUCGAUUUCAAAAUAUUAUGGAAAUCUGCUUAGGAGGGAAAGGGAGACUCAAGCUAUUUAUUUAAGGCAGCUGAACUCGUUUGCACAAGAAAGACUUGUUCAGAUAAAGACAAUUAAGCAUUUUACUGCUGAAGGUAUUGAGCUUAAGAAAUACGCAGAAAAGCAGACAAAAGUAUACAAUAAAGCUAUUGAUGUAGCAAGGUAUUCAGCAAAGCACCAUGCUCUGAUGGAAGCAAUGGGCCAAAAUGCAGUUCUAUGAUGCUUAGGUUAUGGAGCUUAUCUGAUUUCUACAGGCUCUGGGCUAAGUGUAGGAGCUUUAACAGCUUUUGCAAUGUAUAGUGUCUAUGCUGGGCUAGGAUUCAGAUUAUUAGCCUCAGGCUACACUGAAUUAAAAAAGGCAGCCGGCGUUUACAAUAAAAUUCUCGAAACAAAAUCUUCUAUCGAUGACAAAGAAGAAAUUUUAAUUUCCCCAACAAUUUUGCCAAAAUCCACAGUAGGACGUAAUUUUUAAACAGCUUCCAUUAUCUUCAAAAAUGUCUCCUUCACCUAUCCAGGAAGAGAAAUUCCAGUGCUGGAUAAUAUUAACCUAGAGAUCAAAUCUGGAGAAAUAUGGGGAAUAGUAGGGCCAAGUGGCUGCGGAAAGUCAACUUUAUUUCAUUUAUUAACUCAUCUUUAUGCGCCGACCUCUGGGCUAAUAUAUAUUGAUAACGUAGAUAUCCACACAAAGCCAGCUUGGUGGGCACGACAACAAAUUUCUAUUGUAAGCCAAGAAGCUCCCUUGUUUUCAGGAAGUAUCCUAGACAACAUAAAAUAUUCAAAUCCAAAUGCGACGAUGGAAGAAGUUAUUGAUGCCUGCAAGAGAGCAGAUGCGUAUGAUUUUAUCAAUAACUUUGAGGAUAAGUUUGAUAGUGAAGUAGGAGAAGGAGGCUCUGCUCUUUCUGGAGGACAAAAGCAAAGAGUGGCAAUUGCGAGGGCACUUUUGAAGACACCUCAUAUGCUUCUUUUAGAUGAAGCAACGUCUGGGUUAGAUCAUCAGUCAGAGAAGACUGUGCAAGGGAUUCUUGAAAGAGAAGUCAAAAAUAGGGGUUUCACAGUAUUAUUGAUUUCUCAUAAAAUCAGAACGCUGAAAGCUCUGACUGAUAGAAUAGCAGUACUUCAUGCAGGUAAGAUUAUUGCUACGGGGACAUUUGAUGAGUUAAAAGAAAGUAAACAUAUUUAG